UGUUUGUUUUUCUUUAGUCGAGAAUCAUCUACCAAAACAAACUUAACACUGGUUUCACACUAAAUUCAUUAAACUAAAAGUGAAAAAUUCAAGUGAUUGUGUUUAAGAUUUAUUUAAUUAAUCUAGAAAAGCUUUCAAUUAAACAAAAUUAUACUUCAAUUUUCAACCCAUUGAGUAUUUAGAAGAAAAAGUUUAAGGAAAUGUCUUGGCAAGGUGGACCUUAUUAUCAAGAUCCGAAUCAACAAUAUUAUGGCAGCGGCUAUCCACCACCACCACAAGGUGCUUAUCCACCACCAGGGGGUUACCCACCACCAGGAGGUUACCCACCACCAGGAGGAUACCCACCUCCAGCUGGUGGCUAUCCUCCAGCCGGUGGUUACGGGGCUCCGGGCGGCUACCCACCAGGAGGUUUUGUGCCACAACCUGGCUUUAUACAGCCACCUCCAGUUAAUGAUUCAUAUGGAGGCUACGAAGACCCUGAAGCUCCUAAGAACUUCUCUUUCGACGACCAGAGUAUUCGCAGAGGAUUCAUACGCAAAGUUUAUAUGAUAUUAAUGGGCCAAUUGCUGGUAACAUUUGGUUUUGUGGCCUUGUUCGCAUUCCAUAAAGGUACUAAAGACUUUGCUAUGCGUAACCCGGCUCUAUUUUGGAUUGCCUUGGCUGUUCUUUUGGUAACCAUGAUUUCAAUGGCGUGUUGUGAGGGAGUUCGUCGUAAGACACCAAUGAACUUUAUAUUCCUGGGACUAUUUACGUUGGCAGAAUCAUUCUUACUGGGCGUUUCAGCCAGUCGUUAUGCGCCCACUGAGGUCCUAAUGGCGGUUGGCAUUACAGCAGCAGUUUGUUUGGCUUUAACAAUAUUCGCUAUGCAAACGAAAUAUGAUUUCACCAUGUGCGGUGGUGUCCUUUUAGUUUGCAUGGUAGUGUUUCUUAUAUUUGGCAUUGUCGCAAUCUUCUUGCCGGGCAAAAUAAUGACGCUAGUUUAUUCAUCAAUUGGAGCCUUGUUGUUCUCUAUUUACUUGGUAUACGACACCCAAUUAAUGAUGGGAGGUGAUCACAAGUACUCCAUUAGUCCCGAGGAAUAUAUUUUUGCUGCUUUGAACCUGUACUUGGAUAUUGUAAAUAUAUUCAUGUACAUUUUGGCGAUUAUUGGGGCAUCGAGAGACUAAAAUGUCCCACUAUAAAGUAUAUAAAAGUUACAAUAAGUGUGAGAGAAAGAUAAAACAAUCUCUAUAAACAUAAAACAAUAAUUGUUGUUUAUAAAAUACAAUAACAAAAACUAAGUUAACUCCUUAUUAAAAUAUACUAAGCAAUUAAAGAAUUUAUUUAAACAAAAAGUGAAUGGGAAAUUAAAUCAAGCUAUUUUAUUGUUAUUUCUUACCUAAAUUUCCUUAAACAUUACCAACAAACUAACAUACAAGUUAAAAAAAAUUUUAAAAUAUGGAUUCUACAAUUUUUAAUUUAUACUAAUGCAUACUUACCUACAUUUAUAUAAAAAAUUUACUUAUUUUUAUACAUAAGUUCUAUUGUUUCUGUUGUCGUUGGAUAAAACAGAGCAUAGUAUGUAUGGAAUACCUCUAACAAAGAAUCGUUUUUAGUCAUUUAGUUUUUUCCUAUCUUGUUGAGAAAGAAAUAAGUAUUCUUCAUAUACAUAUAUUAAACUUUCAUUAUAUUGUUAUUUAUUAUACAUAUAUAAUUUUUUUGUUUUGUUUUUAUUAAUUAUAGUGUUUUUUGUUUGCCUUAUACCAAAAAAAAAAAAAUUAUCCAGAGUAGACUUAUAAUUUAUUACUUAAAAAAAGUUAAUGUAUAUUUAAUGAAAACUAUAUUGUUGCUUCAAUUUAAAUAUAUUUACUAUAACACCUAAAAAUCAUCUGAAAUCUAAAAAAAAUAAACAAUAUAAAAUUACAUUUUGUGAAAAUUAUGUAUACAUAUUUGGAAUAUAAAAAAUGUAAUAAAAUUGAAUAAGUUUAAAAUUCCAA